AUGAGCACUACCACUCGUCCCGAGAAGACCUACUUUGAGACUCAACGUGAGGCUCUCAUCGAGGAGAUAUGCAAGUCAUUCGACCAGGUUCUCCUCAAUCUCAACCAUCUAAAUCGAUCUCUUGAAGGUCUCGCUGGUGUUGGACAAGAAUUCACCGAAAUUGAGGCUCUCUGGAGCAAAUUUGACACGGUUAUGUCCCAACCCAUCAAUCCGAACGAUCCGGCAUCUGGGUCAGGUGGAGAAGGUGCUCAGUAA